AUGGCCCAUGAUACUUCUAUUCAAAUGCGUCAACAACUAAGGGAUUUUGCUAACUGGAUAUUGAUGAUUGGUGAUGGAAAAAUACCUGGAAUUUCUUUCACUGAACGCGGGGAGACUAAUUGGAUUGAAAUUCCAAAACAGUUCUUGAUUAGAAAUGGAUCACAUGCUCUACAUGAUUUGAUCCAUGCAAUCUAUCCAGAAUUGAGUACUAGAUACAGUGACAGUUCUUACUUGAAAGAACGUGACAUCUUAGCACCAAAAAAUGCUGAUGUUGAUGAAUUAAAUGUCAUAAUGCUAUCAAUGUUGCCUGAAAAAUCUCAAAAAUACCUAAGUGCAUGUACGAUACGUCCAGCUGAGGGUGAGAACUUUGACGAAGGCAUGCAUCCACCAGAGUUAUUGCACUCAUUAAAUUUUCUAGGAAUUCCAAGUCAUUGCCUUGAACUCAAAAAGGGAGCGCCUAUAAUGCUACUGAGAAAUCUCAAUCAAUCUCAAGGUCUAUGUAAUGGCACCCGUCUUAUUGUUGAAAAAAUGGGAGAUGAAGUGAUUGAGACACGAGUGAUUACGGGUUCGAAUAUUGGGGAAGGAGUCUUCAUUCCACGUGAUAGAAUUAUCAGAUAUCCCUAUUUUGUUGAUUUACAUCCAUAUGCAAGUAAUUGGAGCGUUAAAGCUCAAUUAGUCAAGUUGUUAGCUGUGACUAAUCGUCCUGGGGGAAACAUGACAUUCAAAAUGAUUUUUGUUGAUGGACAGGAUGAUGCCAUGAAAGGAACUGUAUGCUCUGAGAAUUAUACUUACUUCAAAGAACAUUUAAUUGAAGGAAAAAUAUAUUGUUUUAGAGGAGUUCAUAUUACAUUGGCUAAUGAGAAAUUCAAGAAUGCUGAUGGAAGGCUCACAACAAUUUAG